UGUUAAGCCUAUUUUUGGCGAAAAUCAUCACAGUAAAUUCAUCUAAUGCUCUGCAUCCUUAUCCCAAAGGCCAAGUUCUGCUUCCAAUUCCAAUCCAAAGAUCUUAGCCAAAUGGGAUCAUCAAUGUUGCCUAGAAAGAUUCCUCACGUCUUCUCUGCCAUAAAGACGCCCAUUGACUUCACCCUCUUUCUCUGUAUCCUUUCAUCUGCUCUAGCACUUCUUUAAUUGCCUCUGUAUAUCUCCCCUGUUCCUGCUUUGUUUUUGCUCUGCCUUCUACAGCUUUUUUUUUUUUUUUCCCUGAUAAAUCUCAUAAUGGAUGGCACUGAAUCCAAAUUUCCACAGAACCCACCUAAGAAAACCCAAAAGAUUGUCCUUGGAGUCCAAAUUGGCUUGAGAAUUUUGGUAAUUGCGACUGCAUUGGCUGCAACAUGGGUGAUGCUCACUAGCAGGCAAUCGACAGAGAUUUUUGGCAUCACCUUUGAUGCUCGAUAUAGCUACUCCUCUACUUGCAAGUUCUUUGCUUUUGCAAAUGCUGUCGCAUGUGCCUUCGUUCUGCUGUCCUUGCUCUUUGUCUUAUUUUUCUGUCGUCAAGGCCCAAACCCUUCCAACCACUACUACUUGUUCCUACAUGAUUUGUUUAUGAUGUCGUUAGUUCUUGCCGGAUGCGCGGCUGCGACAGCUGAAGGGUUCAUCGGACGGUAUGGGAACAGCCAUGCGGGUUGGACUCCAAUUUGUGAUCACUUCGGCAAAUUCUGUAACAAAAUGACGACUUCUGUCAUACUCUCUUACUUGUCUCUCUCCUUCUUACUUAUGCUUACUAUCAUCUCUGCUAGCAAGUCUAGACAGAUUCAGGUUUCGAGCUCCUUGAUUUAGCUGUAAGUAUCCUCGAAAGUAGAAGAAAAAGAAAAAGACGAUGAUGAAAAAGGACGUGUAAUUUGAAUGAUUCUAUUUUCAUUACAACCCCAACUUCUUGA